AGAUACAUACGCAACAAAUAGUCAGUAAAUGCUUGCAGUCAGCUUUCAUCAAUGGUCACAAGUGCAUUGUUAGUCAUUUGUCCGUUGAAUUCAUAGGAAAGAAUUAUUUUCGCGUAGUGAAGAAACUCUUUCGUCCACCAGACACAGAAUUUUGUUUGUUGCAAUUGACGUUAUCGAUAAUUCAUCAAAUUUCAGUAUUUUUUCUCAUUCGACACUUGUUUACUCUGAUUUGCAAGCAAAGUAGAGUGACGUUUGAAUCGUAUUCAGAAUCUCGAUGGGAGACCCGGAUAUUUCUGGCAAAAUGGUUGAACACAACAUGAAGAAUUUCACUAUGGAAAAUGGCGUUUACAAAGGACCAAUAAAUCAUAAUUUGGGCAAAUAUAAGAGUGUCGGAGAAAUGCUAUGGACCAGCAUUACAAAUAAUAGAGAGAAAAUCGCACAUUUGGAUGCACGCACUGACGAAACGGUCACAUACGCGGAGCUGCAAGACAAGAUUGUGCGAUGCGCUUUGUGGCUGCAGAAACAAGGAAUCACAUCUGACGAUGUUAUCUCUAUAUGCACGGAUAAUCAUUUUAACUCCAUUGUGCCGUGUCUUUCGACAGCUUAUAUUAACGCAAUCUUCAAUGUCUGGAACGACAACAUGAGUUUGUCAACUGCACUGUACUUUUUGCAACUAAUAACGCCGAAGGUGAUCUUCUGCAACGAGAAAUCCGUGAGUGUGAUCUUAAGUGCAAUAAAAGAGGCGAAUUAUAGUUCAACUACUGUCGUGGUUUUCGGUAAGCAUGUCGGUGCGAUUUCAUUCUCGGAUAUUCUAAAAGAUUUCAACAAUAUGGAAGUAGCAAAUUUUCGUUACGUCGAGCUUGACGACAUCAAAAAGACGGCGUGCAUCUUGCACUCGUCGGGUACUACGGGGAUGCCAAAGGGCGUCGAACUGUCCCACUAUGCCAUACUGAGCCUCAGCCAGGAAGAAAAAUUAAACAUGACUGACGUGCCAUCACUUUGGUUUUCUACUCUUUUCUGGCUGACUGGAAUAAUGAUGAAUUUUAGUACGAUCUUGCGAGGCAGCAAAGUGAUUCUCUAUCCAGAAUUUAACGAGGAGAUGACCUGUCGACUGAUAGAGAAAUAUAAAGUAGCAAUUGUUUUCCUUAGUGUGAGCAUGGUAAAUCGGCUUGUCAAAGCAGGUUAUGUAAAGAAAUAUUCUUUAUCAUCUUUGAAGCUUAUAAUGUGCGGUGGUGCAAUUAUUAAAUCAGAAGUGCAUGAAGAACUGAGAAAUAUUUUACCACAUGUUCAUAUAUUGCAUGGUUAUGGACUGACGGAAGCAUGUGGUAUCGUAACGGUACAACUACCGUACCACAAAAGUGGAUCUUGCGGGACAGUAGUAAAGAACGUGCAAAUAAAGAUUGUAGACCCUGAAAGUGGUAAAGUACUUGGUCCGAAUCAAUCGGGAGAAAUAUGGAUAAAAACUGCAAUCAUAAUGACUGGUUAUUAUAAAAAUCCUGAGGCGACAAAAAAUACGAUUGAUGAGGAAGGAUGGUUUCACUCGGGUGAUAUUGGUUAUAUAGAUGAGGACGGGGAAUUGUUCAUUAUCGACAGAAUAAAGGAACUUAUAAAAUACAGAGGAAUUCAGAUCUCUCCCGGAGAAAUCGAGAAUGUUUUAAUAUCGCAUCCAGCAGUACUAGAAGCUGCAGUAGUAAGGAUACCUCAUCCAUUAGAUGAUGAACACCCUCUUGCUUACGUCACCAAGAAGUCUGGCUACGAGGUCACGGAAAAAGAGUUGAUAGACUUUGUAGCGAAGAACAUGAUAGAUCACUACAAACUACGUGCAGGAGUUAUAUUUUUGGAUAGUUUUCCAUAUACAGGUUCAGGGAAAAUUUCGAGAAAAGAUUUAAGAGAAUUGACUAAAAAAUUGAUUAAAAGUGACACUGUUGGAUCGCAUUCAGAAUCCCACAUUUACAAUCUAGACCUGAAUAUUUCUGCCAAAAUGGUUGAAAACAAUUUGAAGGAUUUUACCGUGGAAAAUGGUAUUUACAAGGGGCAAGUGAAGGAUAAUGUGAAUAAUUACAAAAGUCUUGGAGAAUUGAUAUGGGUUAGCCUCAAAAGACAUGGAGACAAAAUCGCAUACUUAGAUGCACGCACUGAUGAAACGAUCACUUACGCGGAGCUGCAUGAUAGAGUUGUGAGAUGCGCCUUGUGGCUGCAAAAACAAGGAAUCAAAUCCGGUGAUAUUAUCAGUAUGUGCACGGGUAAUCAUCUCAACUCUGUCGUACCCUGCCUUUCGACAGCUUAUAUUAAUGCGAUCUUCAAUACAUGGAACGAGAACAUGGACUUACAAACUACUCUCUACUUUUUGCAAAUGAUGACGCCAAAGAUAAUCUUCUGUAGCGAAAAAUCCGUGGAUGUUGUCUUGAGCGCAAUAAAAGAGAAGAAUUAUAAUGCGACGGUGGUAGUUUUCGGCAAGCAUACCGGCGCGAUUUCGUUCUCUGAUAUUUUGAGAAAUUGCAAUGAUACAGAAGUGACAAAUUUCCGUUACAUCGAGCUUGACGACAUCAAAAAGACGGCGUGCAUCUUGCACUCGUCGGGUACUACGGGGAUGCCGAAGGGCGUCGAACUGUCCAACUGCGCUGUAUUAAUUGUCAGCCAACAAAUCACCACGAACACGGCCAACGUACCAUCAAUUUGGUUCUCUACUCUUUUUUGGAUAACUGGACUAUUCAUGAACUUUAGUGGGAUUGUGCAAGGCACCAAAGCAAUCAUCUAUCCGGAAUUUGAAGAGGAGAUGACUUGCCGAUUAAUUGAGAAAUAUAAAAUACAAGUUGCUUUCUUUAGUACGAGCAUAAUCAGUCGAUUACUCAAAUCGGGUUGCGUACAAAAAUAUCCAUUGUCAUCUUUGAAAACCAUACUAGCCGGUGGUACAUCAAUUAUGUCGACCGUGCAGGAAGAAAUGAAACGUAUUUUGCCACAUGUCCAAAUAUUGCAAUGUUACGGAAUGACAGAACUUGGCAACGUCGGAGCCAUGCAACUACCGAAUCACAAAAAGAAUGGAUCUUGUGGAAUAGUAGCUCAGAAUGUACAAAUGAAAAUUGUGGAUCCAGAAAGCGGAAAAAUACUUGAUCCGAAUCAGCCGGGAGAAAUAUGUAUGAAAAUUCCAAGCUUAAUGAAUGGUUAUUACAAAAAUCCCGAGGCGACAAAAAAUACGAUUGAUAAGGAAGGAUGGCUGCAUUCAGGUGAUAUUGGUUAUAUAGAUGAAGACGGAGAAUUAUUUAUUAUAGACAGACUAAAGGAUCUUAUAAAGUACAGAGGAUAUCAAAUCUUUCCCGGAGAGAUCGAGAAUGUCUUGUUGUCACAUCCAGCAGUACUAGAAACUGCAGUAAUAGGAGUACCUCAUGCAAUAGAUGAUGAACAUCCUCUUGCUUUCAUUACCAAGCGGCCUGGCGCAAAGGUGACGGAACAGGAAUUAAUAGAUCUUGUGGCGAAGAACAUGAUGGAUCAUUUUAAACUACGUGCAGGAGUAAUAUUUUUAGACAGUUUUCCAUAUACGGCUACAGGAAAAAUUUCUAAAAAAAAUUUGAAAGAAAUGACAAAGGAUCUUAUAAUAAAACACAAUGAUUAAUUGAUUAAAUUUUUCCACAAUAAUGUAAAAUUUAUAACUUGCGUUAUAUGUACGAAAUGUGCAUUAUAUCAGAAUUAAUAGAUAUUAUAAAUAUAAGGUAUUAUUA